AUGGCGACGAUGGCCCAGCUUGAUAGAGAAUCUGAACAUUGGGACGCAGAUCGCGGCCACAAGCGCACAUCGGAGCCGGCACAGGAUACGCACAAGGUCAUAUCGUCAUCAACGCCAGUUGCUUCAUCACGAAAGCGCAGCCGCGACGACGAUUCAAGCCUUGCCACCCUCCUUCCUUCCAAUAACUCUACACCAACUCCAUCCAGCUCAGUGGCAAAGUUGAGCUUAGUUGGUUCAAAAACUGAGUCACAGACGGAAGACGAUACAAGGCCUAUGAAGCGGGCAAGGCAAUCAAAGUUGUCGCCAUUGCCCUCAUUGACAGUGCCUGGCAAUGAUAAUGUACAAUCACCGUCCCGCCAGUCACCGCCUCCGUCUCUGGCUCCACGUCGUGCAAAGUCGCCGUCACUGUUACCCAAGGACAUAGCGACGGAGAAGAAAAAGAGCCACUUAAGUUGGCUGGACGUGUAA